AUGGCAUUCCCAGCUACUAUUGUUAUUCUUCCCUUAGGCAUUCUUUUCAUCCUUUCAGGCCUCACUGUAAAUAUAAUUCAGGCAGUAUUCUUUGUCCUUCUUCGUCCACUAUCAACGAAUUGUUACAGAAGAAUAAACAAAUUGCUGACAGAAUCACUAUGGUUGGAGCUCAUAUGGCUCAUUGAUUGGUGGGCUGGCAUCAAGAUUGAUCUAUACACAGAUUCAGAAACUUUUCAACUAAUGGGGAAAGAAAAUGCCCUUCUGAUCUGCAACCACAGGAGUGACAUUGAUUGGCUUAUUGGAUGGGUCUUAGCUCAGCGCUCGGGUUGCCUUGGUAACACUAGAGCCAUUAUGAAGAAAGAAGUCAAAUUUCUUCCAGUUCUAGGUUGGUCAAUGUGGUUUGCUGAAUAUAUAUUUCUUGAAAGAAACUGGACUAAAGAUGAAUCAUCACUGAAGUCAGGUUUUAAGCACCUAGAGCACAUGCCAAUGCCUUUUUGGUUGGCUCUUUUUGUUGAAGGAACUCGUUUUACAGAGUCAAAGCUUUUAGCAGCACAAGAGUUUGCUGUUUCAAAAGGGCUACCUAUACCUAAAAAUGUUUUGAUUCCUCGAACAAAGGGUUUUGUCUCAGUUGUAAAAAACCUUCGGGCAACGAUUCCAGCCAUUUAUGAUUGCACAUAUACAGUUCCAAAGAGUGAGCCUUCACCUACGUUGUUGAGAAUAUUUAAAGGGCAAUCUAGUUCGGUGAAGGUUCAAAUUAAGAGACACAAAAUGGAGGAACUUCCAGAAACUUCCGAUGGCAUUGCACAAUGGUGCAAAGACAUAUUUGUUGCCAAGGAUGCUUUGCUGGAGAAAUAUAAUACUACGGAGUUAUUCAGUGAAGAAGAACUUCAAGAAAUCUGUCGGCCUAAAACUUCUAUUUUGGUUGUGGUUUUUUGGUCGUGUCUCCUUGGCUUCCUUCUAUUUAAAUGCUUCCAGUGGUCCUCAAUCCUCUCUUCAUGGGAAGGCAUCUUAUUUACAGUGCUUUUCUUGGUCCUCGUCACAGUUAUUAUGGAAAUCCUCAUUCAUUCAUCUCAAUCAGAGCGUUCUAAACCCAUGGUUUUACCUACACAAGACCCCAUGAAGCAAAGGCUUCUUCAGACAUGA